UCCAAGUCAGCCCCUUGACAGAGCACUUUACGAUUCUUGGAGAGUGGCACUGUCUGCUGAGGCGUAACGUUUUGAAAGCUCAGCAAACACCGCAGAGAGCGGGGAUGAGUUAAGGGGUCUACAAAGGAGAGAACAGACGGUUUUGAAAGUGGGAAACAAAACCAGUGAAAAGUUUUGCCCUCCAAAGAACCAGUGGAGUAGCUACACCGUGGCCAUUCAACUCCGAACUCCGAGGCUCUAUGGUAUAAAGCCCAUCCUCAGAUUCAGCUGGAGAUUGCUUCCGAGGAGCUCCUGACGCCAUUUUCCACAGUCUGAGGAGAACCAGGAAGCAGCCGGCAGGAGACAUGCCUGCCCUGGCCACUGGAGCCGGCCACGAGCCAGGUCUGUAUGAGCUGCUGGCGGCCCUGCCAUCCCAGCUGCAACCUCAUGUCAACUGCUCUGAGGACAACACCUUCCUUCAGGAUAUGUUUGGAGAGAGAAGUCUCCACUCACUUGUUAAGAUUCACGAACGGCUGCAGCACUAUGAAGAGAGCAAGCCCGUCCCCGUCCUGGAAGGAGCUGCUCCUCUGGCACGUGUCGUGUCUGAUGAGCUGGAAGGCAAAUCAGCCAGUCAGGAUGUCAAAGAGCUUCUUAAACUGCUGGCAAACCCACAUGUAAAGAGCCUCCUGUCUGUCCACGAUGCAGUUGCCCAAAAGAAGUAUGACCCAGAACUACCUCCGCUGCCUGAAGACAUCGAUGAUGAUGAAGAUUCUGUGAAAAUCAUAAGAUUGGUCAAGAACAAGGAGCCACUGGGAGCAACAAUAAGACGUGAUGAGAGCACAGGUGCCAUCAUUGUGGCCCGGAUCAUGAAGGGAGGGGCAGCUGACAGAAGUGGCUUAAUUCAUGUAGGGGAUGAACUGAAGGAGGUCAAUGGAAUCCCUGUGGACGACAAGAAACCAGAGGAAAUCAUUCGUAUUCUGGCACAGUCACAAGGAGCCAUUACCUUUAAAGUUGUCCCUGGUGCAAAGGAAGAGGCAUCUAUCAAGGAGCCACAGAUGUUUGUGAAGGCGCUCUUUGACUACGACCCAAAAGAUGACAGCACCAUCCCAUGUAAGGAAGCUGGUUUGGCCUUCAAGAAGGGUUGCAUCCUACAGAUCAUGAGCCAAGAUGAUGCAACCUGGUGGCAGGCCAAACACGAGGGUGACACAAAUCCACGUGCUGGCUUAAUACCAUCCAAACAGUUCCAGGAGAGGAGACUUGCAUUUCAGCGACCUGUUACGACUGUUUCGUCCCUGAGGAGCUCUACUAGACGAUCAUCUGGGUUCAGGAGAAGCUUUCGUCUCAGCAGGAGAGACAGAAAGACUACCAAGUCCAUGUACGAGGCGAAGAAGAGUGAAAUAUACGACAUGGCUGACGUGCCCACGUACGAGGAAGUCGUCCCGUACCGCAGGCAAAGGGGAGACAAACACAGGCUGGUGGUCCUAGUAGGACCCACGGGUGUCGGCUUGAGUGAACUGAAGAAGAAACUGUUGAUCUCUGACCCCCAGCACUUCAGUGUGACCAUUCCACACACCAGUCGGCCCAAGAAGAACCAGGAGACCGAUGGUGUGGAUUACCACUUCAUCUCCAAACAGCUCUUUGAUACAGACAUUCACAACAACAAGUUCAUUGAGUAUGGCGAGUACAAAGGGAAUUACUACGGCACAAGUUUGGACUCGAUACGCUCAAUCCUCUCAAAGAAAAAAGUGUGCCUGCUGGAUGUCCAGCCUCAUCUAAUAAAGCAUCUUCGAACAGCAGAGUUUAAACCUUUCGUCGUGUUCGUGAAGCCCCCGACCGUCGACAGACUGAGAGAGACCAGAAAGAAAACCCAAAUUAUAUCAGGCAAAGACGACAAGGACUCCACCAAACCCUUCACGGAGGAAGACUUUCAGGAGAUGGUGAACAUGGCCCAGACAAUGGAGACUCAGUACAGCCAUCUCUUUGAGAUGGUUAUAGUCAACGAUGACCUCGAUGUUGCCUUCAGCGAGCUGCAGUUGGCACUAAAGAAAGUGGAGACAGAGACACACUGGAUUCCAGUCAGCUGGACUCACUCCUGAGAGAUAUACUGACUGUAAAAGGAGAAAAGGGAAGCGCUUUGACAAAAAUAUGCAGGUUUUCUAUCUUUUAAAAAAAAAUAUUUGCCACGGACGGUGUUGGGAAGUAAAUCAGGAAUAAAACAGUGCCUGGCUGCUGUGUCGCCAUACCUGAACUGCAUCGAGCUAAAAAUAAGCUUGUGCCUGGGAUCAGGUUGGAUUUAGACCUCAGCUGUGGUCUGGAAGCUCCAGGUCUGACCAGAUGUGAUCGGGUUGUGGCUGCAGGCUUCUUUCCAGAAUCUAAGACUUGGAAAUUGAUCAGGGUCUCAGUCUGGGUCACACAUCCAUGGCCACAACUUGGAGCUCCUUGGUCCAAACCGGAAUGUGGCGCGAGCUUGGACCACCGUAGCACCAGCAGUCCUGCCAGCACAUCAGUAAACCGGCCAAACAGGACUCCUUUAGUGGUUUUAUAACAUUAGACCAUUAGAAACCAAAGGGAUUGAUGUAUUUCUUCUUCGUGGACAACUUACAUGUGUUUGUCUGUAAUAGAGCACAGCACCAGGGAAAAGAGGAGAAAGGAAAACAUACUUGCCUUCUGUCUUACUAGACUUUUGUACAUCUAAACUCUUCCAUGACUGUUAUUCCAAGCAAAACACUGUCAGGUACACUUUUGAGAAAGGGCAAUAAGUGUAGUUUUAUUUAAAAGAAAUUAAUAUAUUUUCUAAUAUCUGCUUGUAGUCCUUUUUAUGCAUUUUAUAUACAUUUAUGACGUUAACAUGAUCUUAGCUGUAGCCAUCUCUGUGACAGCCUCUUUGUACUAGAAGCAUUUUUUUCUCUCAAUCUAUCAUUUUUUUUGUUCAUCACCCCAGUUUUGUUUUUUGGCUCUGUCAGCUCUAUUUGGCUUUAUUUGGCUCUAUUAUCACCACUGCUACAAUUCUCCUAGCUCCAGAUUUUGCUCUCUUGUUGAUUCUGGGACAAGCUGAGGUCCUUUAAAUUAAGGGGAGACUAUAAAUGGUAAAUGGUAAAUGGCCUGUAUUUAUACAGCGCUUUUAUGGUCCCUAAGGACCCCAAAGCGCUUUAUAUAUCCAGUCAUUCACCCAUUCACACAUAUAAUUCCAGCUACAUUUUUAUUCACCAGAAUUCACAAAAAAACCAUAUUUAUUUAUUUAUGCGUUGUGCUGUUGUGUUUUUUUAACUUCCUGCUCCUUAAAAGUAUACUUUCUUCUGAUUGGUUGCCCCUCACUUAGCCUCUGCAAACUGAAACUAGUGCUCGUAAGCACUGCCUCCCAGAGAUGGCCUCAAUAUUUUGCAUAUUUAGCAGUGUUUAAUAUCUGCUUAGUAUAUGACAAAAUACAAGCAAAUGGUUAAGUUGUCCUCUGUACAUGGAGGUAGAGCGCUAGGAUAGUUGGAGAUUGGAAACCAUUAGGAGGAGCUAGCCUAUGUCUGCUAGUCUUUCUGAACUUGUGAUUUUAGUAUAUUGUUCAUCCCUAUUAAUAACAGUUAGUUCAUAUUGAAAACAUUUUGAAUUCAUCUCUUACUUUUUGUGCUUGCUCAGCUGAUUGCCUCCAAUCUCUAGCUGCAUUUAAAACUCUAAGAGUGCUAUCAGUCCUUCAAAGUCUCAGUAAAAAAAAAAAAGCAUUAAGCAUAUUAUCCAAACUGUCUAAAUGAUUCCUUAAACUCUAUAUUUAUUCUUUUUUCUUUACUCUAAGAAUACUCUCUUACACUGCUGAACGUCCAGCUCAGGUUGUAUUUUUCCAAAUUGUGCAUCAUUUAUUUCGCCCUUUCCACCAACUGUGAUAUAUACAAACUAGAUUUGUGUCCUUUUUUUAAGUGUAAACAUGAAUGGUUAUACUGCUCUGAUGUAAUACAAUUUAAUGUCUUUAA